CAAAAAGAACAGUCAAAAUGCAGGCAGGGCACAGGACAAAGCAGUAGGGACAAAAUGUAUGUGAAAUGAAAAUUUUCAAAAAAUUUAGAAAUUUGCCGCUGUUCCGUCCCCCGUACGUCCUGACGCUCGCAGGGACCGGAACACGGAAGCCGGCAUCGGCCGGAGGAGAUGGCCGGGGACACUGCAGGGGACGCAUCGCGGGAACGAAGGACAAGGUAAGCGCUGCAGGGAAUCCCUGAGCAACGCCGCAUGGUAAGCCUGAGUGUAGCUCGGGGUUACCGCUUUUGGUACUGAAA